AAAAAAAAAAAAAAAAAAAAAAAAAACAGAGUACUCUGUAUUAUUAGAAAAAGAGAGAAAAUAAAAACAGAGGUUUAUUGUUGUUGUUGGUUGUUUAUGAUCGAAGUAAAAUAAAAGGAAUUCAGAAAAAUUGUCCAAAUUCAAACAAAAAAAAAAGUAAAAGAAAAUCGAACAUCUCUCUAUAUUUCUCUGCAUCUUAAGUAGUUGCAGAAAGAAGAGAGAGAUGUCAGCAGGGUGGUUUGACAACGCCAGCUGCCUUCAAACCCCUUAUAAAAUGAUCAUGAAUGAAGAUGAUUCUUUCAUACGAUCAAAACAGGGCAUUGUUUCUUUACUUAGCUCUGAUUUUAACAACUCUUCUUCUUCUUUCAACAACAAUUCUAUUCGGAGAACUCUCUCUGCUGCUGACAUGUCGUCGCCACAAAAAUGGAUCACUCCUCAUUCUUCCCCUUCUUCUUUCAAGAGGGUUCAUUCCUCGCUCGCCUUAGGCGAGCAUCAUCACAACAACAUUGCUGAUGAUAAUAAUUAUGAUCAUGACAACAACAACAACGUGGGUGGUCAGGCAUUUGAGGAAAUCUGGAGUUCUAUUCAAGCUGACAAGAAGAGUUGGGGUUCUAUUCUUUCUCCUGGAAAGACUGAUGGGUCUGGGUCUGGGUCUAAGUCCGGGUCUGAGCCGGGUCAGCUUCCUGCGCCGUAUGUUCACCCUUUGGCGAAGCGUUCGAGCUCCCUUAGUGAGAAGAGCCUUGAGAUUUGUACUGAGAGUCUCGGGUCAGAGACCGGGUCUGAUGGGUUCUCCUACCCGCCUUCGGACCCCGAGGACGAGCACGAGCAGGUGGAGGAAGAGCAGGAGAAGGAGAAGGAGAAAGAGCAAGAAGAGGUAGAGGAGAAAGGAAAUGUUAUUGUAGAAGUGGGUAAUUAUAAUUACAAGUGCAACAACAACAACAACAGCAGCUUGAGGGGUCCCGCUGUAAAGAGGUCAAUGAUGGUCCCUCUUGUAAGGCCGUCAUUCCCUCCUCCUCUCCCUUCAUUGGCUCACCGAGACGAUGGGUCCAACCUCCACAUACGGUCCCACCGCCAAGACGGCCGCCUUGUCGUUGAAGCUGUCGCAGUUCCUUCUCAGAACUGCUUCCGUGCGCAACGACAAGACGGGCGCUUGCUUCUAACUCUCAGUACCAGUACUACUACUACUACUGAUGAGCAUGAACUGGAACAAAGUGAGGAGAUACUCGAGGCUGCUAUCGUAGAGAAUUAUGAUCACGAUGAAGAGGUAGACGAGGAGGAGGAAGAAGAAGAAGUAGGAGGUGAAGAGGUGUUGGCUAUACCGAGAGGGGUGAUGAAUGUACAAAGGUCAUGCACGGCAUUUACAAUGAGUAAGCUCAUGGAGUUAACAAAUACACGGAACAACUCCACAUGGCCUCGCAAAUACAACAAAACAGUCAUCAAAACUCUUGACGACAAUGAGGAAGAGAUAGAGGAUGAAGAGGUGGAUGAGUUGGCAGUGACGCGAUCAUCACUGCCACCUCAACCAAGGGUGAGCGCGAGCACAGCCACUGCUGCUGCAGUCGCCCUAAAUGCCUACGAGUACUACUGGCGACGGAGCAAUAGCCCCGCGGCAGCAGCAGUGGCUAUGCUCAAUCCACUUGUAGGGCACAAGAAUAAUAACAAAAAUUGUGCCCCGCAAGUGGAAAAGGAUGAUACCAAAAGGAAUAACAACAAGUUGCUUUAUGCCGCCCAUAAUAGAAAGGGAGAAGCAUUAGCACAACAAGAGGUGGUACUACUGAAAGCUGCUGCUACAGGUAGAGGAGGAGAAGGAGGAGGAGCAACAGCGGCCGAAAAGGCGGAGUAUCUUGUUCCCUUGAUGCUUAGAGGCUGUAAAGAACCCAAGAGGUCACUCUUGUUCUGGAAGCCUCCUUGCAUUGCUACCUCCUAAACUCAUCACCUUUCAAUAAUCACCAUUUUCCAACAUCACUAAUCACUUAAUUCCACCAUUUACAUAAUCCUUAAUUAGCUUAUUACUAUCCAUUGCAAUUUAAGCCCUCUUUUCAAAUUAGUUGUAAUUUCAUUCCAACCUAUCAACUACGUGAUCACUUUAAUUUAUUGCCAUUUUUAGAAUUUUUAAUUUAUUAGGCCAUCUCAUCGAGGUAUCUUAUCAUGUUGUAGUUCAAUAAAUUUUGCGAAAUCCUUUGUAAAGGAGAAGAAUUUAGUUUUA